GCGCCGGGCGGAGCGGAGCCGCCGCGCCGGGGCCGCCCCGGGCCGGGCCAUGCGCUGAGGCCGCCGCGCCGCCCGCAGCCAAGGGCGGAUCCCGGGCAGGACACGCCACUGCGGGGCAAGAUGCCGGAGCAGAGCAACGACUACCGGGUGGUGGUGUUCGGCGCCGGCGGCGUGGGCAAGAGCUCGCUGGUGCUGCGCUUCGUCAAGGGGACCUUCCGCGACACCUACAUCCCCACCAUCGAGGACACGUACCGGCAGGUGAUCAGCUGCGACAAGAGCGUGUGCACCCUGCAGAUCACCGACACCACCGGCAGCCACCAGUUCCCGGCCAUGCAGCGCCUGUCCAUCUCCAAGGGCCAUGCCUUCAUCCUGGUCUUCUCGGUCACCAGCAAGCAGUCGCUGGAGGAGCUGAAGCCCAUCUACCAGCAGAUCGUGCAGAUCAAGGGCAGCGUGGAGAGCAUCCCCAUCAUGCUGGUGGGCAACAAGUGCGACGAGACGCAGCGCGAGGUGGAGAGCAGGGAGGGGGAGGCCAUGGCCAAGGAGUGGAAAUGCGCCUUCAUGGAGACCUCGGCCAAGAUGAACUACAACGUCAAGGAGCUCUUCCAGGAGCUGCUCAACCUGGAGAAGAGGAGGAACGUCAGCCUCACCAUCGACGGGAAGCGCUCCAGCAAGCAGAAGAGGACAGACAAAAUCAAGGGGAAGUGCAGCAUCAUGUAGAGCCCCGGACUGGCCCGCGCCCCCCCCUCCGGAUGCCCCCCCUCCCUCCCCCCCCCCCCACGGCUGGACGUGGCAGUGGCAUCGCAGCGGGACCGUCCCCUCGUCCUCCGUGUGCCAUCACUGUGACUGUGCGGGGACGCCGGCGCUCGGCCCGGGGCCGGGGGUGAAGACGGGGCCGAGGUGAGGGACACGCGGCCGCCCCCCCGGGCACGGCAGGACCGGGGACUCGCCGCCGGGACCCCCGGACCACACCCCCCGCACUCAGCACAACCGGUGCCCCCGGGCCCGGCCCCCGUCGGUCCUCGCGGGAGGGAAGGACGGUGCCACGUGGGGGUGGCGGUGUCACCCUUGGGGACAGUCACGCGCGUCCCGGGCCCCCCCCCCCCCGCGCCCCCGUCCCCACGCCAUAGUGCUCUGCUCCUGCGGGCAGAGACCCGGGGCGGGGGCAGCCCCUGCGCGGUGCCCGUGUCCCCCCGAGCGGUGUCCCCCGGCCCCCUGCCCCGUCCCGGUGCCAUGACCCCCCCCAAGCCCCCAGCCCCGUCCCGGUGCCAUGACCCCCCCCAAGCCCCCAGCCCCGUCCCGGUGCCAUGGCCCCCCAGCCCCGCCUGCCACCGCAGCCCCCCGAGCCCCCAGCCCGGCACCGUGGCCCCUUUGCCCCCCAGCCCCACCGUGGCGCCGCGGGCCCCCCGUGCCCCCCCAGCCCCGUGCCGGUGCCGCAGCCGGAGCCGCCAGCCCAAGCACAAAGCAUCGGGUCCGCGGGAGGUCCUGACCCAGCACAAUCCUGGUGAGCUCCGGCGGGAGACCCCCGGCCCCACAGCCAGCCGGGCCCCCCGCGCCCCCCGCUGCCCCCCUCCCCACCGAUGCCGCGGGCCGGGCGCUGCCGCGGUGCCCCGCUGGCGGCCAGUGCCGCCCCGUCCUCAGCGUCCCCCCGCGGGGUGGCCUGGCCCCGCACCCCCGGGACCCCCGACACCUCCCAGCUCUGGCGCAGCCCCGCUUGCUCCCCCCUGGCCGGAGCGGGGUCCCCGCGCUGUCACCAGCCCCUCGUCCCCUCGAGGUUUGUCCCCUCGCUCCGGCCCCGCUCCUUCCCCCGCCGCCCCCGGGGUGUCCCCGAGGGGGUGUCCCCGGGCAGACCGAGCCCCCCCAGCUCCCCGCACCCCCCGGCUUUUUACACGAGGAUCCGAGCGCCCAGGGGACGAGGUGACGUGACGAUGUAGCCUUUAUUCUAGAAAUAGUCUUCCUUCAAUAAAGAGACGAGAAACGCU